AUGGCGCGCGGCGAGAUCAAAUUAGUUUUCAUGACAGCGGAUAUAAUGCAAUACUCGAACACGUUCAUGAUCUGUAACAAGGACAUGUUUGGUAUUGCAAUGGGCCAAGUUGAUUCGGACGUGGAUACAUCAUUAGAUACAAGUGACUAUAUUGUCUUGAAAAGUCAUAGUAGUUUAGAUGGGCGCAAUAUUUUCAACGGCGAUAUCAUGAAUACUAUACUCGACGCUGAUAAUAAAGCUGACGCUAUAAUCAGUGAUGCAGGUAGUUAUUGCUUAGUGGAUAGCGGUACCCUCGCCGAUGUAGACCAAGAUAUGCAAUGCCGUCAAAUCGAAGCUUUUGCAAUUUCUAAUAAUAAAUCCGAGAAUGGGUCUACGAUUAUCGUUCAACCAGACGAGGCUGUAGAAUUAUCUACCGAUAAUGAUAUAACAUUAAGUAACCAGAUCGAACCGGAUGUAAAGGAGGCAGGUUCUGAUUUUUUGUAUGAUAGCGAAAUAACGGAAUCGAGUGGUAUUGUUUCUAGCAAGUCUGCUCUAACUGAAUCAAUCAAUCAAAAUAAAAAAGUCGUUACCGCUGAGCACAAGAAAAUGUUACUAGCACCUUCAAGCUACAUUAUUGUAGCUGUGAUUGUCUGCUUAUUUGGUAUAUAUAUCAUGAUUGUGUUUCCUAUGCUUCAAGGAUCUUCUAAGCAUAUUGUUGCUAAUAAGACGUCAUUAAAAUGCGAAAACGACACCCAUAACAUGGACAAACCGAGUGAUAAUGGUGUUGCUAGUAAGUUACUUUUACAGAAACAUUUAUCUGAGUUAAUUUCUAAUACAAAAAAAUACUUGGAAUGUCUAAGACAUGAAGUUAGCCAUGACCCAUUAAACAAGUGCAGCGCACUUUUGCAAGGAUUUACAGACACAAAUUAUUACAAUAAGACUAAAUACAACCUUGCCACUCAACAGUGGGUUGCAUUCAUGAACAAUGAAUUAUCUAAGCUAACUGAAGAGGUAACAGGCAGAAAGGAAAACAACAAAAAAGGAACCAAAAAUAACUCCGAAUGUUCUAAUAGCGGAUUUCGGACAACUGGAUACGCUGCAAAGACCUUGUUAACAUGGAUGUCUGGAAAGAGUAAGAAUAUAAUAAACUGGCAUGGACUACUAGGUGCAUCUAGUAGUCCAUGGAGCUGA